GAAUUUUCUAAAAGCCUAUUAUCUACUGAGUAUUUUCAUAAUACGCGACCUGUUUUGGCAGAUUCAAAGUUUUAAUAGGUAAUUUCUGCCUACUUUGCAUUCCUUAAGUGUGCAACACGAUCUUAAAAACAGAAAUUUAUAAUUGCAAGUCAUUGGGCCGUUAAGCUAGAGCUUAUUCAGUCUUAUGGCUGCGCACUCUACCGUCAGCUGGCUCUAUUUUAAUCAGCGGUGAUAGAGCUGUUUGAAGCGAUAAACACCAUCGUCCCAAAGAAGCCUUGAACCGACUGCCGUAAACUCGAGAGCAACGUUUGUGCAUGUGCACCGCGAUCGUUGGUUUUAACGUCGAAAUAUUUCAUCUUAACACUGACGUUUUGAGGUGGCCAGUUUUAUUUCAGGUAAGUGUUCACUGUUUAGGUUAUCAAUACAGUGUAUUAACAUUUCUUGUUAAUGAACGCGUAUUAAGUUCUUUUAAAGCCCUAAAUACUGUAACGUCGAGAACAAAUAAAUGUACGGCUGCUACUCAGAAGCACUGAAGUGGAUUUGCAAACUGUCGCUCGACUGAAGCCAGCAGGCCGUUUACUUUUGAUUUCAGAUUAAUGCUAAGUUGACAAAUAUCCGCCAUGAGUAAAGCGAAAGUGAAGAAAUACUGAAGCUGACGGCGGUCGAAGCUCUGUGGCACGGCGUACAUGUUCUGUUUUUAAUCACGUACCAAAGGGGGUAAAAAACAGUGAGUCGUGGACUCUUCUGUGAUUUGGGGCUUGACAACCGCCGGAUUUGCGCUAAGGCUUCUGCGUUGACAAGUGAUCUAAAAGUGCUUAUAUGCAGAGAAAUCGAACAGUCUUCAGGACUUAACAGUUUAAUACACCCAUUUUCAUCUUCUUCGGCACUAACCCAAUGAUGUUUGCGCGCCAUUAAGCAAAUACAUUAAUAGAUCACUCUUUCUUUCGUUGACUUGUAUUCAAAACGUGCCCAUGAUUUCCCGCGGUUUGUUUACAGCUUUCGCAUCGCAUACUUAAUAUACCUGUGAGAGCUUGAUCUAUAUAAUAAUGUACCUGAAGUGAGCUUUGUUAUGCGAAUAACGAUACUCACUCCCAUUGUAAAAAGGCCUCAAACUUGCACGCAAACAAUACCAGAAUCGCUUCGCGCUCAACAUGACAAAGAGAUCCCUGAAGCAUAGGAAAUACUGCUAUUGUGAUCAACCUUGAGAUAAAACUGCACGUUUUACCGCAGACACUAUAAACACCUGGGAAGGCUAGUAAGCCACGUGCUUUGUCAUAUUGCCAGCUAUUUGGUUUAAGGACACGUGCUCAGUUGGUAGAGGACACAAUCAUAAGCAAAGAAACGUUGAAAGUAUACGCCAACUAAAAUCGUCAGUUGAAGUCCACUUACGAAACUGCGACUAAAAUUACUGGUUGGUACUAUUUUUUUAUUUUACCCGUUAACAAAAAUUCCCAUUUUUAGCUACAAGUUAUUAUACGUACAUACACUAAAUUAGUGUUGUGUAAAAUGAAACUUAUGAUCUAGGCCGAGGUUAUUCAACAUGCAUCUCCUGCGACGGAAACUUUAAAGAUUACAGAGAGAUUAGCCCUUACUUUCUAUCCUGAUCUCUUGUAACAUCGCUAAAGUAGUGAUUUUAAAAGCUUUCCUGGGGUCUGGACGGAUGUUAGUGGAUCACAACAUGAAAACACACGAGUUGAAGCACAGAUUAUGUACAAGGCGGAACUUAUUAUACCUUUUAUAAAACCAUCGAGUUCUCUCAAAAACAAAUAUGCUUUUCUAUUAUAUCUAAUUUAACCUUGGCCACACAACCUUCAGGACAGUGCUCCGAAUAAAACUUCGACAAAAAUCUUUCAUCGGAAAACAAAUCUUAUGCGGAAGUACUAUCAAAACCGAUUUUUUUUGCUAGAUUCUUCCGCCUAUCUGCAUCGGUGGGUUUCUUUAAAGAUUCAAAUAGAGACUACAACGCCUACUGAUUUAUUACAGCUGAAACGGUUUCGAAAUUACUUUCAUGUUGAACAAGAAACUUGAGGUUUAUAUGCGCUCAUUAAAAGAUAUUUCAGGGAAAAAUGGAAAUUAGGAUCCAUAUUUAAGACGGUGUUAUUAUAUUAUUAUACUUUGUAUUGCAGUGUUCUCAGAACAAGAUAUUGUUUUCUCCUUUCUUGCAAUAAUGGCACUUUUCGACUGUGAAAGCCCGAUAACAAGACUUGUUCCUUCUCUGACUAGUGUCAAGUUUUACAACAUUACUUUAUUCCCUGUACUUUAGCGUGAAGCCGGAAACCUUGCUCAACCAAGAGUGCACAAAAAUUAAAAUCAGAACUACUUGUAAAAUGCCCGAAAAAUCAUUUUGGGUUCUCUAUGAAAAGUUAACUCAUACACUAUUGAGUUUAGCCAAAUAUAGCAACAAAAUUAAGCGAAAUAUAAAAAUAACUACUUACAACUUCGAAGGAAAAUUUAUACAACACAGCAAGUAUAAUAGGCGAGGCAAAAAUAGACAAAAUUGAGGAAUUUAAGAACAGAGUGCAACUGGGAUUUUUGAAAACUUGUUGGCCUAACUGUUCUUCCAGGUUCACAGAUCUCUCUUCUCCGCAACUCUUUAAAAUUUAUUGUUCAUGGGCGACAUAUUUUUGUGUCAUGAAGCUGCCUAUUCAUUCACAUUUUAAGUGCACGAUUUCCUUGCUGACGUUACGUUCCAUAGAGAGUGCAAGUCGUAGAGUGAUGUAUUGGCAAUUCCUACACUGCAGCGACACAGCUUCUUUAAAAAGAAUUUACCAAACAGUUACAUCUCUCGCUUACAUUAGUUAAUAUAGCCAGUAAUGACAGGUCGCAUCACACAGGUGACAACCAGCAUUUCAUUCAGUUGAUUGGAACCAGUAUUUAAUAAUUAUUAGUUCUUCUUAUUUUUCAAAAAUAUAUGGUCUUCUCUUUUCGCAAAUUCAGUCGACGCAUUUUUGAGAUUGUGAAGAAAUUUUUUCAAGAAACUCCUUUCCUUAAUGACGACAAAGCCUUCCAUUCAUUUAUUUAGGUAAGGAUUCAAAACUGCUAAAAACUUCUUGAAUGUUUUUGUCAGUAUUCCUCACUUGAAAAGGGGUGUUGGCUAGCUGUCAAGGACCUGACUGACCUUGUUAGCAUGGUCCACUAAACGUAAUUAAUUGCUGGCCAAACUUCCACGAUCAAUAUCACUUGUUUAUGACUACACACGACAGGGUAUCGAGAUUUAACUGGCAUUGAGUGAUGAUACCGUGUUUUAUUUUUCAAUAAUGAGUUCGUUCUUUUGAACCCGGACCUUUUUCUAUGUUAAUUUUUUCUAUGUUAAAUCUAUUUCAAAGUUGUACUAGCGACUUUGGUUAAAAACGUUCAUCUUCACAAGUAAAGGAGCUGCACGCCACGAAAUUCAGCCAAAUUAGGAAAUUACAAAAGAGGAACAUAAAAAUAACCGCUUAAAACUUUAAAGGAAGGUUAAAAUAACAUAACAGAAACAACAGAUGUCACGGAUGGGCAAAACUGAAGAAGAUUGAAACGGAUUGAAAUUAGAUUUUUGAAAACUGUUCAGCCUAACGGUUUCUCAAAGUUGAUCCCUGCUGCGUGCAACUUCAAAAAUAAUGCUCUGGAGACAUAUUUGCUUGUCUCGGGUCUCUGAUUUUGUCAUUUACAUGUAAUUUCUCUGCUUGCUUCAAGUUUCAUAGUGAUUGAGGGCGAGUAAUUGGCAAAAUUAAACAAAAUGAACUGGACUGCCGUGACACAGCCCCUUUCAUGGAACUGCACGUCACGAAAAUAUCAAGAUUCAAACUGUAGAAGCUGCCACCAAACUGAGUGAAACGUUAAAAACUGCUCAAAACAUGAAAAGAAGGUAUAAAUAACACAGCAAAUACCGACAAACAGAGUCACGGAUGGACAAACUUGAAAAAGAUUGAAAUUAACUCAGUCCUGAGUUGUGAUUGUUGAAAACUUGUAAUAGCAUGGCAUUUUUUGUAAGUUCAUUUUUCAUCUUUGUAACGAUUGAUAUUAAUGCUUGGGAGACAUAUUUCUUUGUUACGAAGCUCUCUUUCGAUUAGGAAGUCAUUUCUCACGUAACCAUGGCGGAUAAGUAAACGUAACUGGCAUUGUGAAAAAAUUAACUAGACAGCCCGGCGUGACAGAGCCCCUUUAAUCGACGUAAGAACUCAGUUUAGGUAAAAUUAUGACAAUGAUGAAACUGAAGUAUGAGAAGUUUUUUUUCCAAGUCACUGUUUAAUUUAGAUUCGUUUUUUGUUUAUUCACCUGCUGUAAGUUUGUUUAGUCUGGUCUAACAGCUGCGUGCAGUGAAUGUUGUGCCACUUUCGCAGUAUGAGGCCAAAUAUAGGCGAGUUAAAAGGAUACCUUGUAAAAGCGGAUUUUGUAGCUGUUUAGCUUAGUCUCAGAUCAACCGUGGGAUAAAGAUUUCAUACAUGUAGUACUGAACUGAAAGUUGAUAACUAGUAAGUUCUCGGAGACAAGUACCAGUGGCAUGACUCAUUGUGGUGUAGAAACCAACACUAGGACAUAAGACUGGUGCUAAUACAAGGUAACAUCUGUUAGCUAUGUAACGUUUAUGAUUUAGUUGAUUUCUAUGAUGUAGUUGGUGCAUGCAAACAGAGAGUCCUAGCCACAAUGCAAUGAACACAGUUUGAAAAUAGAAGAACAUUGUCUAAGAGUGUUGACUUUUGGCUGUUAACAUAGAUAUAACCAUUUAUCGUUCGUUUUGACGCUACUUGACAACUUAUCCACAGAUCACUUCAGUAUAACCAUUAUCUUGAUGUGAUAAUUAAAAGAUUCGUUACUUUUCAUAAGUCUAAAAAAUCAGGACAUAAAAACGUUCUAAAUGAAAACAACAGAAAUAAGUUUGGUUAAUUGAGAGCAGGAAGCAAAUUCUUUGUACAAAGGUUUUUCUGUCCGGGAAACUUUCGUUAGUAAUGAAAAAAUCAUUUUAACGCCGUCGGGCAUCCGCGCCAAGGGGCCAAUAAUUUAUUCACACUUUUACAUAGCGUUCACUAAAGUAAAGAACAAAAAACAAAAGACAAAGCAAAAUCAUAUGUAACGAAAGUUUUAGUUUUCACUGCAUUUUUCACUUUUCUUAUUUGAAUUCUGUGAAGUUCUGAUAUUUUACCCCACAUUUCUUUAUUUUCCUUGUAACACUGUUACUUUAAAGGCUGAACAAAUUGGAAACGGGACAUCUCAGUUACUCUCCAACAAAGACUCAAGGACAAAGCACAUCAACAUAAACCAAAAAUUUGCGAUUAACAUUUUUGGGCCAAAAAACGUAUUAUAGGAUUUAAUGAUGUCAGGGGUUAAAAUAAAUAAAACGACCGCUAAAGAAGCAGCAAAUUCCAGCUAAAGGGUCAUCGGCUGUAUCUGAUCGUACAUCGAUUCAAAUAAUCGGCGUUACGUUGUGGGCGAGAAAUGUAAGUUAGUAAGGGAUACAUACUACAAAUCCUUACUCUAAACAAAGGACUGACACAGCAGGGUCCAAAGUAUAAGUCAGAUCAAGUUUAUCACUCAAAACUGAGGCUUUAACGUCGUAUUAGAACAGAAAACUAAGAACCCUUUGACGAAAGGUAUUACAUAGUUGCUGAAAGGUUGAGCAGAUAGCACGAAAGACCGUCACGACAUGGUUUGAAUUCCCACACCGUAACAAUCCAUUAAGUUCAAACAAGAUAGAUUGAGUCUAAUCUUGCCACUUAUUAAGCUAUUUUCUUAUUCGCCUCACUAUCAAAAAUAAUAAAAUCCAAAGAUUAACAGAAUCAACGACCAAAAGUUCAAACCGAUACCUCCCACUGCGUGUUAAACUUAUUGUCGAGAUUAAGGGGGCAUUAAGCUGCAGUCUUCGGUUAUUUACACGUUAUUAGCUACAAAACAAUUUGUGGAAUAGUUUAAAUUCAUAUUUGGGGUAAGACUUGGUCAGGCAGGAAUACAGCAAUUAUUGAAAGAAAACUAAUAAAAUAACACUGACAAUUUUUAGUCAUAGUUUUAUCAACUAUGUGUUAGGAUUUUGAAAUGCAAUUUCCACCUUAUGAAAAAAAAAACAAGUCAACAGCGCGAGAAAAUCCCUAUCACGAUGUAUCGAUGCUUAUAUCUCUACUAUAAGCUCUUAGUAACUGUUUGAGCACUCUGUGACAUCAGAAGGCCUGAUGUCAUGUUUGGCCUCGAAAUGAUUUUCCAAAGAAGUUUACGUUUAACUCUGUGAAAACGUUUCAUGACUUGGUUUUUUUUAACGAAAGGAAAUAUCACGCCCUCGAAAAGGCGUAUAAUACCCCACUGGGGGGGAUAAGAAAAUAUCAUCACUUUUCCGUGGAAACUACUUAAAAAACGCCUUUCAAGUAAAAAUCUCUAAAAUGCUAUGAGGCGAGGGCUAUUUGAUGAUUCUGGGGAUAAGAACAAGGUUUAUUUGAUGGUUCCUGUCUGAGCAGCGUUUUCCGAUAAAUACAAAGUCGUGACAUAGUGUUGAGUUCUUAAACUGCCAGCCCUAUAAUAUAUCUGAACUUGUACGUUUUUAGCUUGAGUCCGUAUGAACAGGAAAUUCUUCGGCCGGCAUAAAGAUCAGUUUUUCGCCCCUUUCUUUAUCAAAAUCUGUUCAAUUGUCAUCAGAAUGAUGACGUCAAUCAUACGCAAUUGUUUGCGAAUUACCAGUGAGAAUACUUGCGAUUGUAAUUCUCGAGUUUUCAAAUUAAGGCUUAGCAGGUCAUUUUGACGAAAAUACGAUACACCCGGAUUCUCAUGAGAAAAACUACAUCGUCUUUAGAAUUCUACAAACAACUUUCCUUCGCUUGUCUUUUUGGAGGGAUGUGAAAAAGCCAGCGAACUCGGUCCGUUUAUAAACCUCGAUCUUGAGUACAUAAUCAGAAUAAAAUGUUAAACUAUUUGAAUUUUCUAGAUCGCUAGUAUCAACUGAUUUUUCCUCAGAGUCCAUCGAAAGUUCGGCCGGCAAAAUGUUCACCCUUCGGAAAUAAAACAGUUUUGCGUCCUGUAGAAAUUGUUUUACAUCUGAUGAGUAACUUUUUAUUCAAGACUAUACAAGUAUUUACAUGCAGGUUCAUAAACCGUGUAUAAAACCGCAAAUAUUCGAUGUAGAAGACAAUUUGGUAACAGGCCACCUUUGUCAGAAGGUCAAAACAUUGUCUGACAUUGUGUUGUCUCUGAUAACUUCCGACAUCACCAUAUCCUUAAAUUCUUUUGCAGAUAACAUAUAAUAUUUAGGAUUAUGAAGCCGGUUUUACAAAUUUGAACAGCUCGACGCCGGUGGAAGGAGAUUUCACUGCAGCGUACUAAUCGCGUAGUGAGCGAAACUCAAGUCAGCCGUUACAUUUCACAAGGUAAGCACUAUUUUGGCUUGUAGCCGGUAUGAGAGGGCAAUCUUCUAUUUCUAUAUUCUGACUAAAGUGCAUUGACCAUAUGAAUCUAGCAACGACGUACGCCUUUCGGUCAGCAAGCAAUUUGAGGACACUGGUGAAUUUACCGGCUAAGCACUAAUAUGGACCUUAUAUAGCAUAUUCGUCUUAGUAGCCUUGCUUCGCUGAGUUCAAGCUUCAUGCACUUAAGACUGUGGAAAUUGUGUACAGGAUCAGUGCCGUUUAGUUUAGGUUGAGCUUCAUCUAUUGCGCCAUUAUUCAUGCGAAAGCCUUUGAAUCCAGUUGAAAAGCUACUUAGUUAAAAUCGUUAAGACUUUUCCAGUGUUUGCUUCACUGACUUUUGUCGACUUCGAAUCCAGUACAAUAACAUUACAGAAACCUAACCGCAGCCUUACAGUUUUCCACUACCUAUUUUCACUUCUUAAACUUGGCUUUAAUUUUGACGUUUUGUCGGUUUCAACGGGCAUCCUGUUACGUUUUUUUUGUUUUUGUUUUUUGUUUUUUUGCGUCAGUCCUUCCUGAGUUGGGGUUAAAAUUAUCGGACUAACCAUUAUACAUGUAUUGUUUGCUUCGCAAAUGUUUGUCAGUCGACUUUCAAAUCUGUUACGUUUUUUUUGUUUUUGUUUUUUGUUUUUUUGCGUCAGUCCUUCCUGAGUUGGGGUUAAAAUUAUCGGACUAACCAUUAUACAUGUAUUGUUUGCUUCGCAAAUGUUUGUCAGUCGACUUUCAAAUCUAGCAAAACAUGAAAAUACAUAAUGAGCUUACUUAUAUCUGAACUUAAACUCAGUCUUUCAGUUUUAUGUUACCGAUUUUCACUUUGUUAACCCAGAUUUAAAUAAACACCUUUGGUUUGUGAUGACAAAGCAUUUUCUAUCAACAAGGCAACUAGUCAACAUAACCUUAUACUCGGCAGCAAUUAAGCGACUUUCAAAUUUGAAGUUUUAGCUUGAUAAUAUAAUCACUCCAUUCUUGCUUAAGGAGAAAGUUUGUGUGAGAAUCCAAACGUAAUUAACUUAGCCAUAUUAUUUUACGCUAAUAAUUCUCGAUAAAAAGGACUUACAGAGGCACGAAAAAACAGCAGUAUCUAAGAAAUUCGCACGAACAUAGCGCCAUCUAAUUAAAAAGGCCUAAAAUCGGUCGUAAGUUCCCCCAAAACCUAUAAUGUAACUUAUGUACACGCAGGUCGAAAAAUUGGAUUAAUCAAUUUAUGAUGUACCUGUUUGAUUCUGGCAAGUAUAAACUACGAGUUUAUGUACUUAUAAGUUUCUACCCUGACUCGUGAUCCAAUAUCUAAAUAAGCUUAGAAGCUCUGGAUAACAUGGCCGAUAUUCGCCGUGCAAAAUUGUUCCAUCACUAGAAUCCGCCGAUGAUACAACGGUAUUGGGGCGUUCUGCUCUAAGGAACAGUAGUUACAACGUGUUCCAAACUUGACGCACAUCUUUCCGACGGUCUUUCUCGCAAUCUUUGCAGCAUUUUUCAGCUAGUUUUACAAAACGCGAAGGGAAGGAAUUGUAUUUGCUAUUACGGGAGUAAGUUAAAUCUGAGUAUUGCUCAAUUUUAUUGUAAUUAGGAGGUAUCAUCGUUCUGGUUGUUUCCUCGUAAGAGACGAGUUUUGCAGUGGGCCAUAAAAAAGCGGCAACUAUCUAGCAUAUCACCGCUUUAGCAUGGUCGCUGCCUUUGUCGCAUCACUUGGAGUUCACGGACCUUGUAGGAAGGUCUUACGCUAUUUGAGAGACUUUUCGAGAAGCGGAUUUGAUGGCGUCGAUUAUUUACUGUACAUGGGCACGGAAAAUUAGACCAUUUCGUGUGAAAACUAUGGCCGUUGUGGUAAGGUUUCAGUCAGGAAAUUUGAGGGUAGAAUCGGAACUGACCUCUCAAACAUUAUCACCCCUAUAAUUUUUGAGAAUUAAGUAUGGCCCUAAAAAGAGAGAGCCACUUAGGGAAAAAGUUGGACUGCAUACACUGUCUUGACUUAAUGCGCCCAUAUGAUUGAUGAUCGCUUUAUCCUCAGGCCACACACAGGCUUUCUGUUCCUUCUAAACACUGAAGCACUCAGAGCACUUCUCUUCCACUAACAGUGCGGACAACACCGCCAAUCAUCGAGCUGACAAAAACUGACGAAGAUAAGCACCAGAGAAAACGCUUUCCCGUCACUUUGAAUAUGAGCUUUCCUUUACAGGAGUUGUCGUGAUCGUCGAAGAACGGCUUAACUAAAACAAUGGUAUCGUUGACAAUUUCAUAAUCUUUGGAACAGCUGGUAGAAUAGUUGUACCAGAGCUGUGCAGAGCACAUAAGUAGUUUACCCCGACUAUUUUUAAUUUAGGAAAAAGACGAACUGAAAGCAUCUUUUAACGGGCAUCUCCAACGCCCCACUAAAACGGGAAUUAAGAAUUGGUCCCUGCCGUUUUCAGUCACUGACUAUCUGUAAAAACACUUUAACUCCAAGGAGAGACAAACAUCAAAUUUUUCUUAACAAUACCAAUACAUAAUCAAGAGAAAGGUUUAUGAGAAUUAACAAAAUGAUCACAUAAGGGAAAGUACUUUGAUUUUUUAUCUAGUUCUCCCAUUUAUUCUCCCACUUAUUCUUCAAGGAAAUGUAUGGAGAUUUUUGUGGAGAAUUUUUAUGUGGAUACGGCCAGUCCGAACAGUGCCCGCGCGUCUUAGCGUGAGAUGUCUAAUCCAUCUAUUAUGCUAUUUAUUCGAGGUAGGCGGUCAGCGUGUUUUGGAUUAUUUGUAAGCAAGAAAUAAAAAAAGGGUUAUAUAAGUGUAUACAAACACCAAAGUACAAUGUACUUUGUUUAAUGAUUUCGAGUGCUUUCCAUUAAUAAGAUUUGAGCACUUGAUUGUCUAACGCCGAGAUCGUGAGUCACGGCAGAUCUAGUUGAGGGCCCAAAAUACACUUUAAAGUAGAAUUGGGAACCGGUUCGGUUUGAAAUAUAGGUCAUUUGCAUGGCCAGUUGAAUUAUUUUCUCAUACCACUGGGUCGAGUUCCAGGAGGUUCAAUCUGUUGAAUAGUUUGAAAUGAUAGCAUACAAACAAGAAUGAAUGUAAAAUUCCAACAAAUCGGAUCACAGAUUGCAAUCACUUUCUUUGUUCCUUCAGACUAUUAAUUACUGAGUUUAAAGCUAAGAUUAUGAGUGUUUGGAGCUAUUAUGAAACUGAAGACACUUUUUUUUACCAAUAAAAGUAGUUGAGGACUAACUUCGGGCAGUUUCCUAUUCCACAGAUGAAAAAAGAAAACACUAACGCUUCCAAAGUCCAUUUCAUCUACAACCCACCCACAUUUGUUGGUGUAAGAUACCACAGCCACGCUAUUGCAAACAUGUCCGGAAAAAAAAAAAAAACUAUAACCCUUGACCAUUGAAAGAAAAUUCUGUGACUCAGUUACCUGUCGUGUUAUUGCCCAACAAAUAUGGAAACGAAGGAACGGUCUUAUGUCGUGAUACAUGAAAUUUACUUGAACCUCGUACUUGCGCUAUUGUUCACAUGUUAAUUUCGUUUGAGGUAGACAGCGGGUAGUGUGUUAUCGUGUCGAUAAUUUGAAAACGAUUCACAGCCAACUCUCAAGUCUUCCAAUUAAUGGUCUAAGAAGGAACUUUGCUCCAUUUAAAGUACUUAAAGUUGACAAGAUUUAUGCGAACCUGCAGUGAGUUGCGGUCGAUCAGAGGUUUGCUUAAAAACGCAAACGUUUCCCUGAGGCAUCCUGAGAAACAACGCCGGAAAGUAAGUGGUUUAUUAAGAACUGAGGAUAAAGCCCGACUACCAAAAUAUAAAAAUCCUAUGAAAUCGGAUUGCAAAUAAGAUUUCCUAAUGCCAUGAAUUCCACUGGUUUAAGUAAUUUCAUACUCGAUCAUCAAUAUGAACUUGUCGAGAGCAAGAACGAUAAGCAAUUUGUACAGUAAACGGAUGAUCGACGUUUAAGGAAGAAUGAUCUCCUAGUCCGCACGGAGGAUGGUAAAUCGGAGCAGAAAAAUCAUCGUCCGAUUUUAAGGAGUAAACUAGCCCUUCUUACUUUUAACAGUUCUUUCCUAAAAGUGUCCAAACGUCAAAAUUUAUCAAUAAUUUCAAAAGUAGGUUGAGUAUGAUCGUCCGGGUGAACGUAGUCCUGAAUAGGACUAUUGUUGUUGACAGUGACGGACGUUUCGACAACCUAUGCAUUAGUCAUUUUCAGAGUCAAAGUGAGUUGUAUCACGUCAUUUGAUGGUAUUAAACUCUGGUUUAUAAUUUCCAAGUUCCAAAGUCUACGAAUACCUAUUCUAGGCCUUUGGAAACUCAACGGUUUCGUUUCAAGGAACGAAGCUUUCGACCGUGCACCGUCUUCAUUCAGCGGAAGAAGCCGUGGCUGAAUGUCUCAAUUAACAAGUGGUAGCUAGUAUAUGGCGGGAAGUUCGUAACCCCACAAUCUGUAUUUAUGGUUGGACGCUAUCGUCUGUUUUAGCUGACAUUAGGGAGCUUAAGCAACAACGACGGCGACGGCGACGGCUACGAAAACGUCACUUGAAACUGAAGUAAAAUUGCACUACUUCAAACUUUACUACGCUCAUUCCAUCUCAUUUAAUUCGUCAAAUGUUGACAGCAAAUUUUUCUAGAGUUGAAUUCUAAAGGACUGUAUCGAAGUUCGGGAGAAGACAAAGAAAGCCGUUGUAUUGUGUUCAUGUCCUACGAAAAACGUUAAAUUAGGCACUUUCACGUCGUAGUCGUUAAGUGACAACGAAGAAAUGGACAAGAAACGUGAUGCACGUGCAAAGUUGUAUUUUUUCUGAUGCAAACCUACUGUUUUUUUGCCGUUCUCGUUACCGUCUCAACUGUCGUCGUUUCUUAAGCUCCCAAAUUCUUGAUUCUGAAGUCACUUGCAGUUGUCACGUGAUCGAAUUGAGAUCACUUGACGGUGAGUUAAAAGACAAGAAGUUAAUUAUAACCAAAAGUGUCAACAAGACCGCAAUAAUUUGCAUGCUUUCUACACAGGUUUGUCCAACAUGCGACACAAAUUCAACAAGCUAUGUACCGUUAGAUACCUCUUAAUGCUCACCUCGCUCACUGGGAUCCUCAAUCUUGUAUAUCUGAUGUUCCUUGCGGACAUAAAAGGAAAUGUGGAACUCUACACAUCACAACGAUUCUCGCCAGUUGUGGUUGGAAGGCAAAUUGCUAGCGUCCAAGUUGAUUCUGAGCCAAAGGUUGUUGCCGGAUCAAGCUUAAGCUACUUGGAAUUACUAAAUUUGGAGUUAAAAGACAUCGUCCAAAGAUACAUGACUUCUUCAUCGACGAUUUCUAAGCACUACGAGGUAAACAAUUUGCGGGAUAGCAAGCUGCCACAACAGGAAUACGUUUAUGGCUCUUUCGUUCCACGGUGUUCACCGACGCCAUUUUUGUUGAUUUUGGUGCAUUCAAGCCCCUUUAACUUUAUGGACAGGGAGUCCAUUAGACUGUCAUGGGGGCGCGAAGACAAUCCCAUUAACCAAGGCAGUUGGACACAUUCUGGAAGGUAAAUACUUGAUCGUCAGUAGAGAAACGAGAUCUGUAAUGAAUGUUUAUGGAGGUGACUGCACGAUGCAGUUCGCAUGUCAUUCGUAUGUGACCGAAAAAAAAACACUUGCUCACCAGGAUCAGUAUAUGUUUCUGGGAAACUGCCCACCUACCCCUCCCCUAAGCCAACAUUUCGCCCUAAGUGAGAAGUAAGUGUUAAUGUUGUCUCAGGGGAGGGGUAGGUGGGCAGUUUCCCAGAACCGUCUAUUCCGUUAAAUGUGAUGGAGAAAUAACACAGCGUAACAUCUUGGGGACAGCCUUGUUAUAGCUGGUAGUUAAAGUAGAUCAUAUAGAGUGGUGACGUUAUCAAUUAAACAAGUUCGCUAGGCACAUAGAACUUUAUAACCCUUUUUUCAUAUGAAAUGUUUCUGGAGAAAUAAGUAAAACUAUAUUAUUAUUAUCAUCAUCAUAAAUCCGCUAUUAAAAAAUUUACUCACCAAGUCCUUUCUUUCAGGUCAUGGAAAACGGUUUUUCUUGUUGGUCUAAGCAACAGUUCCAGGCUCAACAACCUACUAAAGCAAGAAGCUCAAGUGUAUAAAGACAUUGUUAUAGGAGACUUUCUCGACACAUACCGAAAUUUGUCUCUCAAGACACUCCUCGGACUACGGUGGUCUUUGCAACACUGCCAGGCGACAUAUAUUCUUAAAACAGACGAAGACUGCUUCGUCAAUGUCUUAUCAUUCCUCCAGUGGCUGCAAGAUUAUCACGUGACCAACGGUUCCAAGGCAUUAUACGCAGGAAAUAUCCAGGAGGAUAUGGAAGUAGUGCGUGACAAAAAACAUCGUUAUUUUGUAUCUACCAAAGACUUUAGCAAACAUAUGUAUCCGCCAUACGCUUCUGGAGGCGGGUACGUGUUUAGUGGAGGCCUUCUACAAAAACUGUUGGCAGCAUCACAGAAAGUUCCUCUUAUUCCAGUGGAAGAUGCUUGUAUCGGACUAUACAUGCAGCGCAUCGGCGUGAAACCAGUCCACAGUACUAAAAUAUUGCCUUUCGUCUUCUGUGAUGGUACGAGGCAUAGUUUAAGUGAGAGACCCAUUUGCCACUUUCGCGAGCCCCUUGUGCUACAUGGCAUUAGAGACAUACUUCAUAUACAGACGCAUUACAACGUCCUGUUGAUGACUUUCAUCCCAACAAUAUGUUCGUAUGUAGACAAUCAAUCUUUUAGUAAGAAAUUCGAGUUAUCCUGUUAAAGUGCCCACUACUAUAGAUAACAGAAGUUGUAAUAAAAUCAUUUAUGUGU